UCUAAACAUUGGGAUUUCAUGGAGAUAAUAUCUUCCAUUUUCGUGCGACAUCCAUACAUAAAUAUUUGAAUUGGAGUUUUUAAAAUCAAAUUCAAAUUCUAUGAAAGUAUUAUGAAAUCAUUUUUUGAGGAAAAAAUUGAUUGUAGAAAAUUUAAUUCUUGAGAGACAAACGAGAUACUACCGGUGAUACUAUUAAUAUUUAAGCUAGAGCAGAGCAGAAGGUUCUCAACCACCGGGUGCCCAUAGCGCGGCCUCACGCACACCGCCCCACGCCUCACGCCCCUUGCCACGCUUAGCAUAUGCCGGUAAAUAUUCCGAGAACGUCACCAUCCUCUUCCUCUUCCUCUCCUCCAACCGCUUACCUCACUAACCACGUACGUACACGCUGGCCGCGCCUAUAUUACCAGCACUCGUCGCCGCUUCACCCCUCAUUAAUCCAUCAACACCACCGCUUGCUCCCCUUCAUAUCGUAGAUUGUUGUUGCAUUGCUCUCGAGGAGACGAGGUCAUUAGUUGAUUACCAGCUGCCGAUCGGUUGCGGAUUAAUUGGGCCGAAGGCAGUCGGUGAUCUCUUGAUUGAUUUGGACGCCAUGAAAUUUGGAAAGUGGCUCAAGAGGCAGAUCGAGCAGAGCCUCCCGGCGUGGAAGGACGAGUUCCUGAGCUACAACGAGCUCAAGCCCGUCAUCGGCGCCGUCUCGCCGGCCGACUUCGUCGCCCGCCUCGACGUUCAGAUCGAGAAGAUCAACGCCUUCUUCAUCGAGCAGGAGGAGUUCUUCAUCAUCACGCACAGGGAGCUGCAGGGGGCGAUCAGGAGCGCGCUGGAGAGGAAGCCGGCGGUGCCGGCGGCGGCGCACGAGGCGGAGAUCGCGGCGAUCCGGAGGGAGAUCGUCAACUUCCACGGCGAGAUGGUGCUGCUGCUCAACUACAGCAGCGUCAACUACAUCGGCCUGGCCAAGAUUCUCAAGAAGUAUGACAAGCGCACGGGCGCCGGGAUCCGGCUCGCCGUGAUCGAGACCGUGCUAGUGCAGCCCUUCUUCACGGCGGAGGCGGUGUCCCUGAUGGUGAGGGAGUGCGAGGCCAUGAUGGAGGCGGUGUUCCCCACGGCGCCCGGCGAGGGGCAGGCGGCGGCGCGGCGGGACCGCGAGGCCCUGGUCGCCGCGGAGCAGAGGAUCUUCCGCAACACCGUGUCGGCGCUCCUGGCCAUGCAGGACGUGCGCAGCGGCAGCUCCACGCGCGGCCGCCACUCCCUGCCGCCGCUCAACCUGCCGGACUCGGACUGGCUCCGCUCCUUCUAGCCGCCGCCCCCCAUUCCCCGUCCAAUGAUCCCCGCCGGCCUCUUCUUGGUGGUCUCCCCAGCCACCACAGCCACAGCCCACAGAUAUGUAAUUGGCUAUCUGUAGUUUCUAACUUCUUUUUUGUCUCCUUUUCAUUUUCCACAUGCUGGUGUAAGAUGGUAACAAGGUGUGAGCAUACAAAUUCAUCCUACUGUGCAUUAUGCUCCUAAA